AUGUCGACCUUCCCUCGUUGCGGACUUCUACUGUGCCUUGCUGCUUGCCUGCUUCAGCGGGGCCCGGGGUACGCUUGGCAAGGGGCGGGCGGGAGUGCGUGGGGGGUGCCAGAAGUGGUCGGCGGGUACGGGGGCGAGGGUGUCGGGGACUUGGACGUGGCCGGUGAGCUGCCUGUGGCGGGCACCACGCUUGUGGCCGGGCAGGUGCCGGUGCUGGGCGCAGUGCAGUUCGCGGGGGAGGUGCCCGCAGCGGGCAUCGUCACCAUCACUGGCAGAUGCGGUUGCGAUUGUAACGGAUCACCACUGUUAAUUUAA